AUGUCCAUCACGCAGGCAGUUCAGAAAUAUGCGUCUGGGAUCCCUGGUGUGAGAGGUGCGGAGGUGUCGUGCCCCGGGGUGUGGCUGCCGGGAAGGGGUCGCUGCUCCCUCUCGCUGUGUCUCCUCGGCUUCCACACGCGAACCAACAAGCUGCCACCGGUCUUCCCGCUGCUCUACCACGACAAGUUCAAGUUCGAGAGGACCUUCGUGGGCGUGCGUAACCUGAGCUUGCUGGAGCGGGUGCUGGAGGCGGAGACGGUGUACCUGGAGUUGGUGCAGGAGGAGCCGUCGGGGGAGACAGUGCUGGCCGUGUUCGAGUCUUCCGUGCGUGACCUGCUCUUUCCGAAGCCCGCCGAGAGGCUCUCCUACUCCGGCGUGGACCUCGACCUGCUGAUGGAACCCACGCGGGACUUUCCUGGCAUCAUCUCCCCCAAGAUCGAAGUCUCCACCAGGACCAGCGUGAGCGAGACGCGGACACCCCUGCACCAGUGUAGCCAGGACACCGUCAGCUUCGGCCACGCCCACAACAAGAACACGAAGGUAAGGACGGCGAGGAGGGAGGGGGAGGGAAUGGGUGGAGGGAGGGAGAAUGCGCCAUAA